UGUACUCCUCCACAUCGGUUACUAAAGUUUAAUUUAGCAGUAUUCUACUCCACUUGAAGUUACUGAACGUCACGUCAUUUUCGGCGGACUCACCUUCUGCGCAUGCGCGAGCUCGGUCAACAAGUUUUGUUGACAAUGGACAGCACGGCGUUGGAAGUCGACGCGAUCAAAUUCGCCAAAACCGCGGUUACCUACGACCAGAAUGGAAAAUACAACGAGGCGGUGUUUUAUUAUAAGGAGGCCGCCCAAGCGCUUAUCUACGCUGGCAUGGCGGGUUCCAAGCUAGACGGCAUCCAGGACAAAGUGAACGAGUACCUGGAUCGAGUGCAGACACUUCAUAAUGCUGUGAGCUCGGCGGAAGCGCAAAAGAGUGACCCGCUAAAAUCCCCUCAUCAGGUGGACCUAGAGCGUGCCCACUUCCUGGUCACGCAGGCCUUCGAAGAGGAUGGCAAGGGAAAUGAUGACGAAGCUGUGGAGCUCUAUACUCAGGCCGUUGAGCUGUGCAUCAAAACGUCCAACGAGACAUCUGACCAGGUGUUGCAGACCAAGCUGAAGCAGUUGGCACAUCAGGCUCUAGACAGAGCCGAAGGUCUCAAACAAUCACAGUCCAAAUCCGGUCCGUCGCAGACCCAGGAAAAGCCGGGACCCUCGGGCGUGAAGCCCGGCACGUCGGGACCCGUCCGGCAGUUUUUCCCACUGGGUCCCGACUUUAGCCUCCACGACCGGCCACAGCCUCAACCGAUGAGGGCGGUCCAGUCCAGUGAACCGCAUGGUCAGCGAUACACGUCAGAUGAGAUUGAGGUCCUCAGGAGCACGUCGACAAUCAAUGGGAUCUCCUUCGUUCCCUUCAUGAGCGUGGACCUCAAGGAGCGCUUUGCCUUUCCCGUGCCGUUCUCAGACAAAAUGGGCACGCUAGCUCUGUCGCCUAAGCAGAAAGCCAUCUUCUCCCGCUGGGUGCGACCCGAUGAGUUCUGCAACAGUCCCACCAUGAUCAUGUCUGUAUCCAGCUUCAGCAUAAAGCAGACGGUGGUGUCCGACUGUUCCUUCGUGGCCUCGCUCGCCAUCAGCGCCGCCUACGAGAGACGCUACAACAAGAAGCUAAUCACCAGCAUCAUUUACCCUCAGAACCGACGUGGAGAACCCGAGUACAAUCCGUGCGGGAAGUACAUGGUCAAGCUGCACAUCAACGGCGUUCCCAGGAAGGUGAUCAUUGAUGACCUUCUGCCGGUGGACCGCAGCGGGGAGUUGCUAUGCUCAUACUCCAGCAACAGGAACGAACUGUGGGUAUCUCUCAUAGAGAAGGCUUACAUGAAGGUGAUGGGAGGGUACGACUUCCCAGGAUCCAACUCGAACAUCGAUCUUCACGCACUCACCGGUUGGAUCCCCGAACGCAUCGCCAUGCACUCAGACAAUCAGUCCUUUAGCAAAGACGACACUUUCCGCAUGCUCUUCCAAAGGUUCCACAGGGGCGACGUCCUCAUCACCACAGCGACCGGCGUGAUGACUGAAGAAGAAGGGGAGCACUGGGGCUUGGUGCCAACUCACGCCUACGCCGUCCUCGACAUCAGGGAAUACAAGAACAUGAGGUUCCUUCAGCUGAAGAACCCGUGGAGCCACUUGCGCUGGAAGGGGCGCUACAGCGAGCGCGACGAGAAGAAUUGGACGCCAGAGCUUCUCAAGUACCUCAAUUUUGAUCCCAAGACGGCCCAGAAGUUUGAUAACGGUGUGUUUUGGAUCGCCUGGGAAGAUUUAUGUCAGUACUAUGAUGUAAUUUACCUGAGUUGGAACCCCGCCCUCUUCAAAGAAUCCACCUGCAUCCACAGUAGCUGGGAUGGAAACCAAGGCCCGGUCAAGGAUGUUUACAGUUUGGCCAACAACCCGCAGUACAAGCUUGAGGUGCAAUGUCCAGCAGGGGGUGCUGCCGUAUGGGUGCUGCUUUCGAGACACAUCACGGACAAGGAGGACUUUGCGCAAAACCGAGAGUUCAUCACGCUGGUUGUUUACAAGACCGACGGAAAGAAGGUUUACUAUCCAGCCGAGCCGCCUCCUUACAUUGAUGGAAUUCGGAUCAACAGCCCUCACUACCUGACAAAAAUCCGUCUGACCAACGGCGGGUCGCACACCUUCACGCUGGUAGUGUCGCAGUACGAGAAGCAGAAUACCAUCAACUACACGCUGAGGGUGUACUCCGGUUGCAAAUUCAACUUCUCCAAAAUCCCAAAUCCCUUCACACACACCAAAAGGAUUAACGGACAAUGGAAAGGUGUGAGCGCCGGCGGUUGCGGCAACUAUAAGGACACGUACAAGAACAAUCCCAUCUACCAGUUGCAACUGGAGCGGCCCGGUCCUCUACUAAUAGAACUUCGAGGUUCCAGGCAAUACAGCGUUGGCUUCGAGAUGAUCACCGUGUCCACCACCAGCGACUCCGCCUCGAAUUCGACACCAAAGAGGAGCAGCGGAGAUUACAGGUGCGGAUUCUGCUACAUGGAAGCAGACCACGUGCCGGCGGGCGUCUACAAUGUCAUUCCCACCACCUUCUUGCCUAAACAGGAAGGACCCUUUUUCUUGGACUUUGCAAGCACCGCCCCUCUUAAAGUAGCGCAUCUGCAAUGACGCCACCCAACUUGUCUGAUAGAAACAUAUUAAAGCCAAACAGAUGGACUGGAUGUCUGAAAAUCUCAAAUAUGCACGGAAUCCUUUCAGGUACGCUUUUCAUACACAUAAAUGAGGUCAAUAUACGGUCGGCGUAGUCGCAACGUGAGCUCGGUUAAAAACGUGAUGUCAUCACUCACAAGCGUAAAAUAAACAAAUCAGGCUGUGAAUGUCAUCAUGGGAAAAAAAUGUUUCGCUGCGGGAUGGCUUGAGAGUGCACCGUCACGAGGUUUUGUCACGGUUAAGUUGUGGUUUUCCUGCCAGGUGACUGCUGACAUGCUAGUUUGACUUUGUAGACGCUAUGACACCAAUAGCAGGGAAAUAGGAGUACUAGUUUAGGUGUCCCAAUACUUAUGUCCCCGAUCUAAUCAUGUGAUCGGGGUGAAAUAGGUCAGGUAUUUAAAAUGUAUUUAGUUUUACUUUUAAAGAAACACUUUGCAACUUUUCAGUUUUGGUUGAAUUUAAGUUUCCCAUUAGGACCAGCGCACACCUGCACAGGGUAGUAAAAUCAUUAAUCGAUCAAAAAUCAAUCUCCCGGUCGCCUGCAGAUGUAUUAAACAACAUUUCUGUUUCCAGCGGCUGUGUGAAGGAUGAAUAGUAAUAAGGUAAUGAAUCCAGUUGUGGCUAAACAAUAGCGUAUGUCGGUGAGCACCUCAGUUUGGGGGUCAGCCAUGUUGGUAGGGGCAAUGUUCCCAUGUAAGUCAAUGCAUAGACAUUAAAAUUAAGUUAUGACUAUCUUAUUUUUUCAAGUUUAAAAAAAAAUAAUAAUUUCAAAGCAGUGAUGCCAAAGACACCACUAGACGUCCAAUGAACAAAUUAGGGUUGUUCCGAUCAUGUUUUUUUGCUCCCGAUCCAAUCCCGAUCGUUUUAGUUUGAGUAUCUGCUGAUCCCGAUAUUUCCCGAAUAUAUAUAUUCAACACACAGUACAUAAGUACUGUAUUUGUUUAUUAUGACAAUAAAUCCUCAAGAUGGCAUUUACAUUAUUAACAUUCUUUCUCUGAGAGGGAUCCACGGAUAGAAAGACUUGUGACUUUGUAUAUUGUGACUAAAUAUUGCCAUCUAGUGUAUUUGUUGAGCUUUCAGUAAAUGAUACUGCAGCCAUUCAACCCAAAUGCAUGAGGGGAAGUGGAACCAUGACUGUGUGUAGUGCUACCAAUUGAUAUAUCUUCUCUGCGUUGGGAAAUAUCAUAAGGUGUUAAGAAAAAGAUCAGUUGCUACCUUGCUUCCCCACAUUGCUUCCCAUGAUAUUUCUAAUCGUAGGGAGAGGAAUUGUAAGACUUUAGCUAAUUAAAAAAGGCUCCAAAGGCUGCCAAAAUUCACCUGCCUUUUAUCUAUCUAUAUAGGUAAAACGGCGCCAUUACAGAUUGAGUGCGAUAAUGCAUGAGUGGGUCGUGUAGCAUGCAUUAAUUGCGUUAAAUAUUUUCACGUGAUACAUUUAUAAAUAAAUAAAUUUUAUAACCCUACCUCAAGCCUGAACUAAAGACUCUGGAUGAGUGUAACAUAUUAUGUCUGUAACGUUAAAUACAAUUAGAAAACGACUUAAUUAAAAAAAAUAUAUAUAUUAGAAAAAGGCAUGGCCGAUAUUUUUUUGCCGAUCCCGAUACUUUGAAAAUGACGUGAUCGGACCUGAUCGAUCGGGACAUCUCUAAUAUUUAUUAUUCAUAAUGUCUGUCAUUUUUAGCUUAGAAUCAUUAAUUGAUGUCUAAUAUUUCGUUUUAAAAAAAAAAAAAAAAACUUCGAAAAAUUAUUCACUCGCAUAUUUUAAACUUUUAUACAAAUUUCGUCACAAUGAAAAAAUAGUGUCUGUAAAAAAGUCACGGAUAUCUUACUAUGGCUUAAUUGCAUUUUUUUGUUACUAUCGUUCGAUCGGCAUCCCGAUCGAUCGGGACAUCUCUAGAACAAAUGUUAAUCCAGUGCCACCCUCCCACUUCAAAUAGAUUUGGACACCUAUUUGUGUUAAAUUCCACAAAAUUGGGUGUCAAUCAUCAACUUGGGAAGGACCACCAAAGCGGCGUGCGUAGCAGGUGGCCAUCUUGGGUUGUAAAUUAAAGCAUAUUGCACAAUAUCAGUGGGUUAUUUUAUUAGUACUCGCGGAUACUGAUGACGUUUAAGUGCUGUAUCGGCACUGAUGCUAGUAUCGGUGCAAGAUUUACUUGAAGGCAGUUGGAAAGUAGAUCUUGAAUAGUCUCUUGCACAGCAUCAACAUUAUUAAACAUAUUUUUUAGUACUCGCCAAUACCGAUCAGUUAGUGCCGUUUCGGUAUCGUAUCGGUGCAAAACUACUUGAGGGCAGUUGUAAAUGAGAUCUUAAAAACUACCUAUUGCACAGCUUCGGCAUGUUAUUUCUUAGUACUUGCGGGUACUGAUGACAUACGUCAUUUAAGUGCUGUAUCGGUACUGAUGCUAGUACCAGUGCAACACUAUUGUAGGCAGUUGGAAAGUAGAUGUUGAAUGGGUUUUGAAUAGUUAGUCCAUUGCACAGCAUCGACUUGUUAUUUGUUAGUACUCGCCAAUACCAAUGAUACAAUGGGGCAAAUUGGUAUUUAGUCGACCACUAAUUGUGCAAGUUGUCCCACUUGAAAAUAUUACAGAGGCCUGUAAUUGUCAACAUGGGUAAACCUCAACCAUGAGAGACAAAAUGUGGGAAAAAAACAACAGAAAAUCACAUUGUUUGAUUUUUAAAGAAUUUAUUCGCAAAUCAUGGUGGAAAAUAAGUAUUUGGUCAAUACCAAAAGUUCAUCUCAAUACUUUGUUAUGUACCCUUUUCUGUAACUCUUCACAAGCGUUUCACACACUGUUGCUGGUAUUUUGCCCUAUUCGUCCUUGCAGAUCUCCUCUAGAGUAGUGAUGUUUUUGGGCUGUCGUUGGGCAACACAGACUUUCAACUCCCUCCACAGAUUUUCUAUGGGGUUGAGAUCUGGAGACUGACUAGCCCACUCCAGGACCUUGAAAUGCUUCUUACGAAGCCACUCCUUUGUUGCCCUGGCUGUGUGUUUGGGAUCAUUGUCAUGCUGAAAGACCCAGCCACGUCUCAUCUUCAAUGCCCUUGCUGACAGAAGAUUUUCACUCAAAAUCUCUCGAUACAUGGCCCCAUUCAUUCUUUCCUUUACACAGAUCAGUCGUCCCGGACCCUUUGCAGAAAAACAACCCCAAAGCAUGAUGUUUCCACCCCUGUGCUUCACAGUGGGUAUGGUGUUCUUCAGAUGCAAUUCAGUAUUCUUUCUCCUCCAAACACGAGAACCUGUGUUUCUACCAAAAAGUUCUAUUUUGGUUUCAUCUGACCAUAACACAUUCUCCCAGUCCUCUUCUGGAUCAUCCAAAUGCUCUCUAGCCAACCGCAGACUGGCCUGGACAUGUAAUGGCUUCAGCAGGGGGACAUGUCUGGCAGUGCAGGAUUUGAGUCCCUGGCGGCGUUGUUACUGUGGUCCCAUCUCUCUGUAGGUCAUUCACUAGGUCCUCCCCGUGUGGUUCGGAGAUUUUUGCUCACCGUUCUUGUUAUCAUUUUGACGCCACGGGGUGAGAUCUUGCAUGGAGCCCCAGUUUGAGGGAGAUAAUCAGUGGUCUUGUAUGUCAUCCAUUUUCUAAUAAUUCUUUACACAAAGCGUUUUACCUAUUGCAGAUUCAGUCUUCCCAGGUCUACUAAUUUGUCUCUGGUGUCCUUCGACAUGUCUUUUGUCUUGGCCACAGUGGAGUUUGGAGUGUGACUGACUGAGGUUGUGGACAGGUGUCUUUUAUACCGAUAAUGAGUUAAAACAGGUGCCAUUAAUACAGGUAACGAGUGGAGCCUCAUUAGACCUCGUUAGAAGAAGUUAGACCUCUUUGACAGCCAAAAAUCUUGCUUGUUUGUAGGUGAC